AAGCUGGCCCACUCCACUGUCUACAUCCAUCACCAAAUUCAUUUCUUUACAGUUAGCCUUCACCUUCUCCAGUCAAUCCCCCGUUUUCCCCUUCCACGCGCUUUUUGCCUUUUUCUUUUUUGCAAUUUCCCCUUACCUUCAUCCUACGCCGCUCGUUAGGUUGUCUGAGUCUUGGGCAUAUAUUUUCGUCUGCUUUAUAUAAAAAAAGUAGAACCUUCCCCUCUAUUCUCUAUCUCUCUCUUUUUGUCUUUCUUAUAGGAACCCUAACUCUGUUUCUGAUUCUUUUUGCUCUUUUGAUAACAAAUUUGCGAUCUUCAAAAUGCUGAUCUUAUAGUCGAUGAUGGAUUACUUUUCUCCCGAGGGUUGAAAUUCGGACAGUCAAAACGCCAAUGAACUGAACGAUUUUUGCGAAGAGAGAUAUAGCAAAUGAACUGAACGAUUUUUGCGACGAGAGAUAUAGCAAGAUUCUGUUUUCUCCCUUGUCUCUAAAGGCAUUUCUCGAAUUGUAUAAUCGGAAAUACAUACAUCGCAAGCAGAAAUGGGUGUUUGUUGCUGCUGUUCAUGUGGUGAUGACUAUGAAGAAUAUGCUUAUCCUAGCAAUUCAAUAUAUAGGCACUGCAUCUGCCUAAGAUUCUUCUUCUAUCAGCUAUUCACCGGGUAUGGUGCUCUGUUUCAUAGAUUGGAUGGCCAAUCUGUAUCAUCCCAGAUUCAAGGAGCUUCUCUGUCGUCAACAGCGAUUGUUUCUGCAAUCUCAGAUGAUUCAGCCAAUGAAACGCAUAUAACAACACCCAGAUCAAUUCCUUUCGAUGCUGAGCAGAGAUACUCUCGCUUGCAACGUGAUGGCUUGGUCUCUAGGCGUGAUAAGUCUGCGACUCAUUUUCAAGAAGAAACACAACCACUAAGAAGAAAUACAAGCAGCUCUGGUGUGGAACCGUUGGGUAUUGGGAGGAAAUGGAAUGGAGUUGAGGUAGAAGAAGACUCUAAGAUUUCUCAUCUUGAGUUAUCAGAGAGAACUUUGGCACCAAAAGUUGCAAAAGGACCUAACUAUUUGCAGCCUUCAGCUGAAGACGAGGAUGUCUGCCCUACUUGUCUUGAUGAAUAUACCUCAGAAAAUCCUAAAAUCACUGCUCGCUGCUCACACCAUUUUCAUCUCGGUUGUAUUUACGAAUGGUUGGAAAGGAGUGAAAGGUGUCCGAUAUGUGGCAAGGAAAUGGAGUUCUGUGAAAGCCCCUAAGUCUGUUAAAUCAGAUUUUAAUGCAAUGGAGCAAAUACAUAUAGAGCGGCAGGUAUUAUCGGUACGUAUAAGCUCGCUAGUCUUUUAUCGAUGAGGCACAUCAUGUAAAGAAGAGUUUGUUCUUUGUCUAUCGGACUGUCACUGGUAUACUACCUGGUAAUAUCUUCCUACUCAUACUUGAAUGAUCAUGGUGUUACUUUCAAUGUAAAAAGCUAAUAUAAUAAUAAACCGUGUGAAGUCAUAGUAGCUGCCUGUAAACAUAACUAUCGCGGAAUUGACUCGAUGAUGCGCAACAAUCAAAUGUCAGCUGUACUUUGUUACCUAUGCUAAAUAUGUUGAACAUUACAAAAGUAUGAAUAGGAGUCUCAGGAUAAAAUAAAAGAAUAUAAACUUCUGCUUAUUUUUCUGAUGAGAAUCUUUAUGUUCAAGUUUCA